UUAAUUUUAUUUUAAAUUAAUUUUCCUUCAAUCUAAACAUAAAGUAUUCCUUUAUCUGUCAUAACAGUAGCUGCAGGUUCUACUGAUCCAGUUGAAUCCGAUAGAAAAUUUGUUGAUUUUUUUGUUAAAAAAAUUAUUAAUUAAUUUUUUAGAUUUGGAAGAGAAGGGAAUGGCGGAUGAGGAGGAAGAAGAGUGGAGCGGAAGUGAGAGCGGGGAUUACACGUCGGAAGACGAAGGGACGGAAGAUUACCGGCGGGGCGGUUAUCACGCCGUUAGAAUCGGAGACACUUUCAAGAACGGACGUUACGUUGUCCAAAGCAAGCUCGGUUGGGGCCAUUUCUCCACCGUUUGGCUCGCUUGGGAUACUCAUUUCUCUCGUUAUGUUGCUUUGAAAGUACAAAAAAGUGCGCAGCAUUAUACUGAGGCAGCAAUGGAUGAGAUAACGAUCUUACAACAGAUUGCAGAUGGGGAUAAAGAGGAUAAAAAAUGUGUAGUGAAGCUUUUAGAUCAUUUUAAUCAUUUAGGUGCGAAUGGACAGCAUGUUUGUAUGGUGUUUGAGUACUUGGGGGAUAAUCUUUUGACACUCAUCAAGUACUCUGAUUAUCGUGGCAUGCCUAUUCAUAUGGUGAAGGAGAUAUGUUUCCAUGUUCUAGUGGGUUUGGAUUACUUGCAUCGGGAGCUUUCCAUUAUACACACUGAUCUGAAGCCAGAAAAUAUUUUACUGUUGUCAAUGAUAGAUCCAUCUAAGGACCCGAGAAAGUCAGGCACCCCUAUCAUCCUUCCCAAUUGUAAGGACAAGACAGUGCUGGACUCUUUAAAGUCUACAAAUGGGGAUUUGAGUAGAAAUCAGAAGAAAAAGAUUAGAAGAAAAGCUAAGCGAGCAGCUCAAGGGUGUGUGGACAAGGAAGUUUCUGCAGAAGCUGAUGUAGAUCCUGAAACGUCUGGUGCAGCGGAGUCAUCUUCAAGUGAAAAAACAAAUGUGGAUUCUGUUGAAGAACGUCCCACUAGUUCUGGCAAUGCCAAUAGAUUGUCCGAUGCUGAUGGUACAAAGGCUACUGAUCAAGCAAGUCAAGGCAAUAGGAGAGGAGGCCGCUCCACAAGGCGGAAACCGUUGGCAUCAGUUGACUUAAAGUGCAAAUUAGUUGACUUUGGGAAUGCAUGUUGGACAUUUAAACAGUUUACAAAUGAUAUUCAGACAGGACAGUAUAGGUGUCCUGAGGUGAUCCUGGGAUCUAACUAUUCUACAUCAGCAGACCUUUGGUCAUUUGCUUGCAUUUGUUUUGAGCUUGCAACGGGUGAUGUACUCUUUGAUCCUCACAGCGGUGAUAAAUCUGACAGAGAUGAGGUCCUUGUUGAGAAGUAUGAAUUCAGUGAGCAAAAUGCAAAUGACAUGACCGACUUCCUGGUUCCGAUCCUUGAUUUUGUACCUGAGAAGCGUCCCAGUGCUGCUCAGUGCCUUCUUCAUCCUUGGAUCAAUGCAGGCCCCCGACUUUUAGAGCCGUCAGGGUCUUCAUCACAAAGCCAAGUUACGGAUACUCAUAUUUCUGUAAAAAAUAAGAAAGAGAUGGAUGACAGGGAGGCAAUGGAGGUUGGAAUUGGGAAUAUUGCUAUCAGUGCAGAUUCUGCCAAAGAUCUCCAGUCUGCUUCGAAAUCUUCUAGGGCAGCAACUACUACUUCUAGGUAGGACUCUCACCUAAGUUUCUAGAAGCCUACCCCUUCAGUUUUUCUGCAUAUACGAGUUUUGUGCCUGAUGGGACAUUCAAUUCUUUCGAAACUUUUUUUUAUAAGAUAUAACUGAAAUUACAUUCAUAUAUAUUUAUAUAUUAUAUGCAUCGGAAA